CUCGGAAGCUCCAAGCGAUAGGUUGUUGGCUCGCUACUUUCGCUUGCCCUUACACUCCCAGUAGCUGUCUUUACUGUCUUCUCCAUUUCCCAUCUUCCUCUGCUGCAAUCUUCCAAAACAAAAUGAGCUGGUGGUGGGCUGGUGAUCUUAGCGCUGCCUGGAAGAAACCGGGAGUUCAGGGGGGCCAAGGAAGCGUGGCCUUGAUAGUAGGAGUAACGGGAAUUGUCGGCAACAGCUUGGCAGAAAUCCUCCCACGCUCCGACACACCAGGAGGUCCAUGGAAAGUUUAUGGAGUGGCCCGUCGUCCUCGUCCAAACUGGCAUGAGAACUGCCCAGUUGAGUACAUCCAGUGUGACAUCUCCGACUCGGCGCAAGCAAAAUCAAAGCUUUCUCAUCUCACUGAUGUUACUCACAUUUUUUAUGUCACAUGGGCCAGCCGAUCCAACGAAGCAGAGAACUGCAAGAUCAACGGCCUCAUGUUCCGAAACCUUCUUCAGGCUGUUGUCCCCAUCGCCACUAAUCUCCGCCACGUGAGUCUCCAGACCGGCACCAAGCAUUACAUUGGCCCUUUCGAGUCAUUUUAUAAUUUUGAAUCCCAUGAUCCUCCUUACUCGGAGGAUCUGCCGAGAUUAAAGGUAGACAAUUUUUACUACACUUUGGAAGAUGUUAUGUUCGAGGAAGUGGCAAAGAAAGAGGGAGUGACUUGGUCUGUUCACCGUCCUGAUAUCAUAUUUGGCUUCUCGCCCCAUAGCUUGAUGAAUAUAAUUGUAACUCUUUCUGUUUAUGCUGCUAUAUGCAAGCACGAGGGAGCUCCGUUGAUGUUUCCAGGUACUAAAGAGGCGUGGAACUGUUACGCGAUCGCAUCAGAUGCCGAUCUGGUGGCAGAGCAGGAAAUCUGGGCAUGUGUGGAGCCUAAUGCUCAAAACCAAGCGUUCAAUAUCCACAACGCAGAUUACUUCAAGUGGAAGCAUUUAUGGAAAGUCCUGGCCGAGCAGUUCGGGAUAGAAAAGUACGGGUUCGAAGAGGGGGGGAAAAGAGCGACCUUGGCUGAGAGGAUGAAAGAUAAAGGGCCAGUGUGGGAGGAGAUCGUGAAGAAGAACCAGUUGUUUCCUACGAAGUUAGAGGAGGUUGGGGGCUGGUGGUAUGUGGACACCAUGCUUAGCGGUGAUGCCUUUAUAUCGUGCAUGAAUAAGAGCAAGGAGCAUGGAUUCUUGGGGUUUAGGAAUUCCACCAAAUCAUUUGUGUACUGGAUUGGUAAGAUGAGAUCCCAGAAGGUCAUCCCCAAUUGUUGCUUUAACACUCCCACCACCCAUCUUUCCUAUCUUCUCCAUUUCCUAUCUUCCUCUGCUACAAUCUUCUAUAACGAAAUGAGCUGGUGGUGGGCUGGUGAUCUUAGCGCUGCCUGGAAGAAACCGGCAGCUCAGGGGGGCCAAGGAAGCGUGGCCUUGAUAGUAGGAGUAACGGGAAUCGUCGGCAACAGCUUGGCAGAAAUCCUCCCACGCUCCGACACACCAGGAGGUCCAUGGAAAGUUUAUGGAGUGGCCCGUCGUCCUCGUCCAAACUGGCAUGAGAACUGCCCAGUUGAGUACAUCCAGUGUGACAUCUCCGACUCGGCGCAAGCAAAAUCAAAGCUUUCUCAUCUCACUGAUGUUACUCACAUUUUUUAUGUCACCUGGGCCAGCCGAUCCAACGAAGCAGAGAACUGCAAGAUCAACGGUCUCAUGUUCCGGAACCUUCUUCAGGCUGUUGUCCCCAUCGCAACUAAUCUCCGCCAUGUCUGCCUCCAAACCGGCACCAAGAACUACAUUGGCCCAUUCGAGUCAUUUUACAAUUUCGAAUCCCAUGAUCCUCCUUACUCGGAGGAUCUGCCGAGAUUAAAGGUAGACAAUUUUUACUACACUUUGGAAGAUGUUAUGUUCGAGGAAGUGGCAAAGAAAGAGGGAGUGACUUGGUCUGUUCACCGUCCUGAUAUAAUAUUUGGCUUCUCGCCCUAUAGCUUGAUGAAUAUAAUUGUAACUCUUUCUGUUUAUGCUGCUAUAUGCAAGCUCGAGGGAGCUCCGUUGAUGUUUCCAGGUACUAAAGAGGCGUGGAACUGUUACGCGAUCGCAUCAGAUGCCGAUCUGGUGGCAGAGCAGGAAAUCUGGGCAUGUGUGGAGCCUAAUGCUCAAAACCAAGCUUUCAAUAUCCACAACGCAGAUUACUUCAAGUGGAAGCAUUUAUGGAAAGUCCUGGCCGAGCAGUUCGGGAUAGAAAAGUACGGGUUCGAAGAGGGGGGGGAAAGAGCGACCUUGGCUGAGAGGAUGAAAGAUAAAGAGCCAGUGUGGGAGGAGAUCGUGAAGAAGAACCAGUUGUCUCCUACGAAGUUAGAGGAGGUUGGAGGCUGGUGGUUUGUGGACACCAUGCUUAGCGGUGAUGCUUUUAUAUCUUGCAUGAAUAAGAGCAAGGAACAUGGAUUCUUGGGAUUUAGGAAUUCCACCAAAUCAUUUGUGUACUGGAUUGGUAAGAUGAGAUCUCAGAAGAUCAUCCCUAAUUGAAGUGCAUGGUUUGUUUUCCAUUUUUCUUGUAUUAGCUGCUUCUUGUUGGUAACUUGCUGUAAGCUAGAGUCGAAAAAUAAGAGGAUGAUGGAGAGUUUGGAUUGCUCACAUCAAAUUUCACCCAAUUUUAAUUUGUAUCGGCAUUUAAGAUUAUAUCGACAAUGUGUGUUUCAUCUUGGC